GCCGUCAGCAGCUGGUCGACCCGCGAGCCUAGCCGAUCCGGCGGUGAAUCCGCGUCGCUCGUGUUGUGCGUGAGUGUGUGUGGUGAAGGUGUGCGUGUGCGCGUGAGCACCGAGUCUCGCCGUCGCGACCGUCCCCUGCAACUCCUGCGCGUUGCAACCUGUUGCAUUGUGCGUGCCAUCCCCAGCGCGCGCGUGCGUGUGUGCGACACUGCCCGUACCCGAACAUCAGCUGGGCAGCACUCGUGAAUCUGCCGCCCCCGAAUCGCUAUCCAUGUCGGCAGUUGCGCUGUCUCCCGAUGCGCCGGCUAUCCGGCUGUGCCAUGUCGUUAAGUGGCCUGACUACGAGGGUUUCGGCUUCAACCUGCACAGCGAAAAGUCCAAACCUGGCCAGUACUUGGGCAAGAUCGACGAAGGCAGCCCCGCGCAGCUGGCCGGCUUGCGCGAGGGCGACCGCAUCGUCGAGGUGAACGGCAUCAACAUUUCGAACGAGAACCACAAGCAGGUGGUCGAGCGCAUCAAGGCGGUGCCCAACGAAACCAAGCUGCUCGUGGUCGACCCCCUGGCCGACGCGUGGUACAAGGAGCACAAGAUUAUCGUCAAGAGCAGUCUGCCCACGGUCAAGCAGUGCCAAAACCCGGUGCCCAGACCCGGCAAGAGGAACAGCGGCGCCUCGCUGGGUUCUUCCUCCUCUUCCUCGGCCGACCAGGCUCAGCGCGGGGCGCCCACACCCCCCGCCGUCGGCGCUCCCAAUGCCCCCGGUAAGAUGGUGUCCCUCCCAGCGGGCGCUCCCGCCGCACGCCUCUGCCACCUGGUGCGGCGCCCCGACUUCGACGGCUACGGCUUCAACCUGCACGCGGACAAGCAGCGCAAGCUGCAGUACGUGGGCGCCGUCGACCCGGGCAGCCCCGCCGAGGCGGCGGGCCUGCGCGCCAACGACACCAUUGUCGAGGUGAACAGCGUGAACGUGGAAGGCACCAACCACCGAGACAUCGUCGAGCGCAUCAAGUCUGUGCCCAACGAGACUCGGCUGCUGGUGGUGGACGACGGCACGGCCGCCUGGUACCGCGAGCACGGCAUCGCCAUCCGAGGAGACCUGCCCAACGUCAUCCAGCUGAGCAGCGUCAAGGCGGCCGCCCGGCGCUCUAGCAAGCCCGCCGCCGCGCAGGAAGUCGCCGCCGCGCCGCACAGCAAUGUCCAGGAGACGGCCCCUGCCGCAGCUGUCCACGACGGUCUCCGCCUGUGCCACCUCUCCAAGUGGCCAAACUUCGACGGCUACGGGUUCAACCUGCACGCCGACAAAAAGCGACAGGGACACUUCAUUGGGCAGGUGGACCCCGGCUCACCCGCCGAGCUCGGAGGCCUGCGAAAGAACGACCGGCUCCUGGAGGUGAACGGCAUCUCGGUGGAGGGCGAGAGCCACCGCGAGAUCAUCGAGCGCAUCAAGCGGGACCCGACGCAGGUGGAGCUGCUCGUCAUCGACCGCGAAGGGGACGAGGCCUUUGCGAAGAGGAAGCAGAAGCCCUGCAGCCAGUCCGAGAGCGUUGUGCGCAGGCGCACGCCGGCCCACCAACCGGGCACCGAACCACAACAGCAGCAACAGGAUGACCUGUCCAAGAGCUCGACCCCUCUGCUGACGCCCAGCCCGCAGUCCACUCCCCCGCAGGCUGCCGAGAGGGCCUCUUCACACGUGACCCAGAGCCGCGAAGAAGACGAUACGUCGUCCGUCGAGGUGAUCGCUGCCUCGCCGACGCCCACGAGCGAGGAAGAAGGGGACGACCGCUCGACGCCUCGUCUCGAGACCCCGGUCUCUGACAAAGGUUCUUCGGCCGUCAACGGCGGCGGCGGCUCCCGUAGCUCGGAGCUGCGCUCCUCCACGUCCUCGAGUCCUCGGGACUCUCCGGUCUUCGGCCGCGACCAGAAGAGCUCCGCGGUGGAGUCUACGACGACCACCACCACCGUGAUCAAGACCUCGACCAUCACGACGGGCGCCGACUGGCACCGACGGCUCGGGCUCGUACGAUGUCCAGAAGGCGUACGACGUGCAGAUCAACAACUCCGAGGUGCGCAGGAUCUCGGACCUGCAGCAGCGUGGCGGGGCCGUGCUGGGACCUCUCCCUCCGCAGCCGGCUGCCAGGCAGGCCGCGCCGGCGCACUGCCGAGAGCAACGGCACGAGCCAGAACGGCGCCGCGGCGCCAUACAGGAACGGGGGGUCGUUGCCUCCUCCCGGACCCGACGGGCUGAACCUGACCAUGAAGGCGUCCGAGCUUCGAGAACUGCUGAGGUCCCGGAAGAAGAAGGACCCGAGGGAGACGCAGAUGGACCUGCGCCAGAAGUACAAGAUCAUCGAGCAGAUGUAGAGAGAGAGAUGCACCGUGGGCUGGUUUCGGGGGACUGGACACUGUGCCCGUGCUCGUUGUCUGUGCCGAGAGGGGUUCCUUUUUUUUUUUCUUGCUUGAUGGCGUUGUAAUUGGCAGCCGUAUUGUUGCCGAGUGCGCGGCGACGGGCAGCUUCCUUUUGGUUCCGUCUUGUCUCAGCCCGCAGCUCUUAACCCCCGGCGUUUUUUUCGCAACAGCUUGUGAAAAUAGAAGGACCGAUCGGUGUGUGGACACUCGCGCCGUGCGCCGUUGGUCUUAUAUACGCAAGGGCACGAGUGUGUGUUUUUGUCGGUGCUUUGUGUGCCUUUCGUGCCCAUUGUAUGGUUGUUCUUCUCGAGCAGUUUUUUUUUUCUUUCGUCUUGCGAGUUGGGAAAUGUGGCCCAAUCUUUGAUAGCGUCUGUUUAACACAUUAACAGCGCCUUCUGCUUGCUGUAUAAACUGGCCAUGCGUCGCACUUGCGCGAACGGCUUUCGCCAAUGUGAUCUUGUAUCUGAAACUUUCGUACAGCUGUGACACGUGGGGCCGCUUUUUCUCAGCCACGUGGUGUAUUAGCAUCUCCGACCAAGUAAGCUUGAGUUGUUCGACCGGCAGCUGUCUGUGGCUCAACUGGCGUGACAUUUUUGGUUGCGCCGUCAAUCAAAAUGAAGAAAGCAGUGUACGAGCAGCUUCGACGUUGCAAGUCACGUAGAUAGGCCAGAUUUGGCGUUUGUCGUGGGUCCCCAAACGUAACAACGCUUACUUUCUAGUGCAAGUCGCCAAUUAUAUACACACCGGUCCGGCGACAUCACCCCAACAGACGUCGCAAUAGUUGUCGUUGUAACUUACCGGAUGCUCCGUUUAUUAUUACUGUUUUUAUGAACAUGAUAUACACUUUAGUCUACUAUAUUAUGUCGUUACAAUUUUCGAACGAUAAGGGUUCGUGACGUCAUUCCUAAGCGCUGCUGCCUAUGUCCGAGGCCCGCGGGCGCCGCGUUUUGUCGCGUUCAUGUUGUGGCCAGCUCGUGUCUUUUUUGUUUUUGUUUUAUUUCACGUUUUUCGCUAUGCGCCUUGUAAUGUACGUCUCGUCAUUUUCCGCUGACUUUUUCUUUUUUUUGCUACCUCGAGAGUGCCUUAGAUACUAAUCGGUAGUUUCCUUUGUCUUAUAUUUGUUUGUGUCAGUCUGUCGUAACUUUUACGUAAAAGAUAAAUUGGAUAUCGCACGCGGAUUUGAAGGUUUCGUCGUUCUCAAAAUACUAGCCAGAAACGAAUAAUUAACGUGUUUCAACCCUCACGUCAAUGGUUCUCCAGUUCGAACACUCGGCACAUAUAACAUGAUGGGCAUGGCCACAGUAAUAAAGCCAACUGAUGCAGGUUGACAUGGGUAUAAAUAUUUGAAAUUAACAUUCGACAGAGGCACAGUUGUGAUGAGAGAAGCAGGAUGCAAGUGCAGACAUUAUUACUAAAAACUUCGAAACGCUGCUAUUACAAUGUGUCGUGCUUGACUGCGGUAUACCAAGGACUACCUGUGCUAUCGCAGAAAGCGGUUGCGGGGAAGUACGCUCAUGUACUCUUUAGAGAACUUCGCGCGUUCAGCACGGGUGAACUUUGCUUCCGAUGUUAGCACUUAACGUUAGCUAACGUUUCCUUUUUUUCUUUUUUUUUUCCGUUACUGCAAACUUCCGCACGCAUCAGCUCGAGUUCGUGAUCCAAGGACGCGCCGUCACUGUAGCGGUCGACAUCAGUGCUGAGCUAACACCACCACGUUUUCGCACGCAGUUUGUUAAAAAAAAAAUGAAGCUGUAAAUCGUGUCAGUGUUUGCUGGACGUGCAAAGUCGACACCCAAAGGUGUGGAAUCUGAAAGGGAUCACGAAAGUUCUGUAUGUAGGUCAUUCGACGUAUAUUUUGUACACCGAAAGGAUAUUAAUGGGUAUUUUUUGACUGUUACAUAUACGCGAUAAAUUGAUAUGCGAGUUCAAUUCGUGCUGGUUCGACUGACACCUACGAAAGGUGGCUCUUCACCGAGCAUCGUUCCCCGGCUUGUUUUAUUACAUUGAUGCAGCAAGUUGACUUAAUGAUUCUAUGCUUAGCGUAUCAAGUAUAACACUUACCGAUUUAUAGAGAUAUGCACUGGGUUGUGCCGCCAAGCGUUACAUUUAAAAGCUAUGCAUUAACGUUGACAGUUGUGAUUUCCCGAACUUUUAUAUUUGUCUUUCUUUCUGCGGUUGUCUUUCACCGCAUCAGAGUUAAGCCUGGCUUCGGUGCAGGCCAUGGAUGCUGCCACGAUGUUCCUCUAUACUUUCCUUGUAAUACGAUUUCUGUUUAGUUUUUUUGCUUCCUUUUCAUCAUUAGUUCAGCAGCUUCCGAAAACGUGCACACCAUAGCGUGCUGAACCGUGGUAUGUGCUGACGUUUUUUUUUUUUUUUUUUUUUCAUCUGUGCGAGACUGUGCAAGAGAAGUGCAGGGCUCCUAUAACCAGGUCUCCUCUGUGUGAUCAGACGAUCUUCGUGACCUACUAAGAUUUUCUUUUUUUACUUUUUUAUUUUGUCUUUUCCUUUGAAGUUUUCUUCCUGUGACCGUACUUAGACGAGGGUGCCGGUGAUAGAAAUUCUACGCGCUCCGUUUUCGCUGCACCCCGGGCUAUUUGUGAACAGAUGCGACCAGCAUCGCCUUUCUAUACGCUCGCUAAGCACGACAAGAAAAGAACAGGAAAAAAAAUCGAAGAUUCUUUACCUUGUUCGAUCGAACGAUAACGGUAUCGGAAAGUCGUGCGCUACGGGUAUGUUCUUCUCUACUCGCCGGGCGCGACCCGAAUCUUGCAUUUCUUUUUUUUUUUCCCCUUCUUCGGUUAAGCUUACGGCGUGCGUGUAAGCCACUUUUCCCCCACCACGCAUCAGAGGUCUCAAAUAUAAAGGCGGGUGGUUGCGGUCGAGUGGUCGCAGGAGCUUUCUUCCAGACUUGGCAUAAUUAGUCCCGAAGUGUAAUUAAAUUGCACUAACCAGUGUUUCUGGAACUUUCGCAAACAUAAGUAAAUUGCAUUACAGACUACAGCUGGUCGGAAGUAAUGACAUUGAAAUACGUUUGAAAUACGGUGGAAUUACGUAUAAAUUACUCUAACCGAAUUUCAGCAAUGCGUGCAGCAAAUGACAGCUCGAAUGCUUUGAAGUAUCCCAUCACUUUGGUAAACUUCCACUGCUCGAAGAUGGGCACUCGGAUGAAUUUGCCUUUGAUAUUUUUUUCUUAUAUGAAUUUUUUAUUCCGUAAAGGAAGUGCACAUCCUUCAUUUUAGUCAAAAAGUAAUCGGGAAAGUGAUGAGUGAUUCUCUUGAAAUUACUCAGCUUUGUAGGUUUCUGCAGUGCAUCACUCGUAUAUGAAGUAAUUUAUUGUGUUAAUGAAUUACUAGCCCGCAAAAGGAAUUCGGUAGACUGCUUAUUACAGUAAAAUAGUUUAAUUUGUGUAAUUUUGUGGCUGACAAGUCUUCUUUCGGCUCUCUUCUCGGUCGCGAAGGUAAAGCUGUGCACGAGAACGUUUAAUUUCUUUGCUUUCUUUUCCUGACUUUUUGUUUGUUUGUUUUUAAGCGCCGACCUGUUUCUUAAGUCUGUUGCUGGGUUUUUCCUAGAAACGAGCCUGAGUGCCAAGUUUCCGACACUAAUUACGCAGACUUUUUCUGAAACGUUUGUAACAAACCUUAGCUGCGUGGCUUUGCAUCAUAACCCGUUUCUUUUUUCCGGUUCCAGGUUUUUAAAUGCUGUGUUCGUAGGUUCGCAUUGAGUGACGUUUUCCGCAAGGUGUGACUCUUGCAACUUUGCGAGUGGCGUAUCAGAAAAAAGAAAGCUCCUAAUCAAAAACCAAGGUCAUAUAUCAAACAGAGCCCAAGCAGGCCGCCGUCGUGUCAUAUAUGUGCAAUUUGUCCAAGAUUUCCCGUUUCCUUUUGGUGGUACCUAAUUAUGUGUCUUAUUAUACGUCUUCCAUUUCACCGGCUGCCUACGGUUUUUAUCAAUCGUGAAGUGAAAAACACCGCGUACGACACGUACAGAGUACAGCUUUCGAGCACUGACGUCACUAAAACCACCACGUUGCAGUACAAAUAUGAGACGUGAAGCUUGUGAUGUCACGUUAAUGUUACCAGUACAUCUCAUGCUGGUUCUUCCAUACCUGCAUCGAGACAGAAAUCGUUCAGGCGUCUUCGUUGAUCACAGGGGUGCCGGCUAAACGCCACGUAACUCUACUGGUGACGUCAUCGAAGCUGCCAUGUUGGAGUUAGUACGUCAGUAACCAGCGCCCAUGACGUCACGUACCAUCCAUCAAUAAGAAUGCGAACUUGUCCAACGUCACUUCCUUUUGCCGCCUAGCUAUCGUCUCUCGUCUCAGCUUUUGAGUCCCUUCACGAGUUACGGUACGCUAUUACGACGCAUCCCUUCGGCCAAUCAGGAGGUAGAUAAUACUCAGUUGGUUGUCUCGAGGGGGGUUAACAGCAAGGGUUCGCCCAAUCAGCGCCGAUCAGCCAAUCUUGAUCCUUGUCUUUAGCGUGUGUCGCGUUUGCCAAGCCUAGCACAGUAAUUGAGAUUUCCCCAAGUAUACUUGUACCUCAUUGAUUCAGACGUCCAGACACCGUGGCCUUUACUGCUUCUAUCAUUUAUCUGUAUUGCAGCCGUGAACGCCUUUUCGAUCUCUUGAUAUUAACAACUUGUCAUUUGUCAUAGGAAGCGUCUCGGAAACUUGUCGGUGGCACUUGUCAAAUGAGGAUUGUCAGUUGGGUGCUACACACAUUUACACAACCACCGCGGCGAGCGAUAACCUUGUUCCGAUCGAUAACGGCGUUCGAGAAACUGAUAAAGUGCCUUAAUCGACUCUUCCAUAGAGAAGGCUACAUCAUUUCGGCUGCUGGUCGCCGACACUUUUUUUCUCUUGUUGUAAAACGUGGUUGUGACGGCUGCCGCUGCACUUAAAACUUUAAAAGACUGACGUAUAUAGCGCCCUGUGAAGAAAGCGGAACAAUCAUCUACUGACUAAAACUUUUUUUUUCGGUGUACAUCUUUUGAGACCUCGUGUUACGUGGAGUCGUGGUGGGCCGGUUCAGAAAUUUAGGACCUAGAUAUAUGUUGCGCGUUGACUGUGGUACAGACUGCUCGCGAUUAUUUCUUUUUUAUGUAAACGGAUUUUACAAUGAUAAAAGGUUUCUCUUCAUUCAGUGUAUGUACUCGGAAGGUUGCCCUUUGAUGUGAUGGUUGUAUGUAAUGCGUCAGACGCUGCAUUAAGUGCAUGUGUGCAGUGUAAUGCCUUACAAGCUACUUCUACUACAGCUUGAUACUGUUGUGAAUGAAUGGAGGCGCAAAUAUAUAAAACCAGGCCCUCGAACCUACGACCGUUUUUUAAAUGUCCUUGUCACUUCCUUAUUUACACCUCUUUUUAUUCUUUCGGCAUUUUGUAACUUCUUUUUCUAACUUAAUGUCGUGUUCUAUGAGAGUGCUCCUUGUAUGGUUGUUUUCAAAAUUACUGUAACGUUGUAAGUGAAUACUAAAUUACGCCCCGUCUUGAGGCACAGUUGACGUCUGUCCGAGGUUAAGGUGGAGAUGCGCCGUUGUUUCUAGCUCUUCGGUUCGAAUCGCCAUCUCCACUCUCUCGAGAAGGCGUUUGCCGUUGUCGCGCGGUGAUAAAACAUCGCCCCGUGGUUUUCAAAGUGCCUUGGUCGAGCUUUGUCAACGUAUUCGCGGAUCUAGCUCGUCUGUUCUGGGCCGUUCUUUCCGGUACAAGAUGGCAGACAACGGAUUAUCUUAAGCGGCUGACUGACAGGCGCACUCUUAUCGCAGUCUCCGAGUGAUUGCUGACGUCAUCGCUUUAGCUCGAAUGAAUCAGUGUACUUUCUCGAUAAGACACUCACCCGUACUUCGCGAAAGCAUUGCGUCACUGAAAGGGGAGGCGCAACGUCGUUCUAAAUAGUUCUCGACUGUUGUGGGCCAGUCAUUAUAUCUUGAAAAAGAUGAAUUUCGUGUUGCUUUGUUUUGCUCUUUGUUUUAUUAUCAUUUUCUGCUAUAGCGCUAUAGGCUUGUUCGUCCUUGCGCCUCGUGUGCCUCAAACAAGAAAAUUAUCGAUCUUCACCGGCUGCCUUAUCAAAAAGAUGCCGGGUUAUCUCAAAUAUGUUAGUGACAAGCCAGUUUUUUACCAAGACAUCGAUAAUCAGUGCCGGGUGUCCGUGUGCCUUUUUCAUGUUUGCUCAACGGAAGUGCCUUCAAAAAUUCGUAUAUAUGCAUGUAUAUUACGUACGCAGCGGAAAUGUUCCCUUUUUAUAUGAAACGAUACCCAUAACACGCGCCUAUAUCGCGAACUCUGAUCUUUCUCUAUGAAAAGUAAUUGUUCUUUUUUUUACAGAACCUUGUACGUUUUCGCGGGCACAAUUGUAAAUGGUUGUUCUCUUUCCACCUUCAUUCCUUUCUUGAGGACCAUGCCUAUUGCUGUUCGCGCUUUUCUAAAGUGUGUUGCUUAAGGAGUGAUUUUUUUUUUACAUUUUUUGAUGUCGUUUUGCUGUUUUGAAAACCUUGUUGUUGAUGUGUUCCCUUGUCGUGGGGAAGGCAACUUGAAUUAAAUCAAAUAAACGUCUAUUUCGAAGUA